AUGCAGUCCUCUCCAAAUAUGUUGACGAAAUUUGAGUCCAAGUCGUCUCGAGCCAAGGGGAUCGCAUUCCAUCCGAAACGACCAUGGCUUCUAGUGUCCCUGCACUCCUCCACCAUCCAAUUAUGGGAUUACCGCAUGGGGACUCUGAUAGACCGCUUUGAAGAGCAUGAUGGACCUGUUCGAGGCAUCGAUUUUCAUAAAACACAGCCCCUUUUCGUAUCUGGAGGAGAUGAUUAUAGGAUCAAGGUGUGGUCGUAUCAAACACGUCGAUGCCUUUUCACACUCAAUGGUCACUUGGAUUAUGUGCGAACGGUCUUUUUUCAUCACGAACUUCCUUGGAUCGUUUCGAGUUCCGAUGACCAGACUAUUCGCAUUUGGAACUGGCAAAAUCGAUCAUUAAUUUGCACGAUGACCGGACACAACCACUACGCCAUGUGUGCGCAAUUUCACCCAAAAGAAGACCUGAUUGUUUCCGCUUCCCUUGAUCAGUCAGUCAGAGUUUGGGAUAUAUCCGGCCUCCGGAAAAAACACUCUGCGCCAACUUCGUCGUUGAGUUUCGAAGAUCAGAUGGCCCGUGCAAAUGCGUCCCAAGCAGAUAUGUUUGGUAAUACCGAUGCCGUUGUUAAAUUUGUCCUUGAAGGCCAUGAUAGGGGGGUCAACUGGGUCGCAUUCCACCCAACACUCCCAUUAAUUGUAUCUGCCGGCGAUGAUCGGCUGGUGAAGCUUUGGAGAAUGAGCGAUACAAAAGCAUGGGAAGUAGACACUUGCCGGGGUCACUUCCAGAACGCAUCAGCAUGUCUAUUCCACCCUCACCAAGACCUAAUACUCUCCGUGGGUGAAGACAAAACCAUCCGUGUCUGGGAUUUGAAUAAAAGGACCUCGGUUCAAUCGUUUAAACGUGAUAUUGAUCGGUUCUGGGUUAUUGCUGCUCACCCCGAAAUAAAUCUUUUUGCUGCUGGCCACGAUUCUGGCGUAAUGGUAUUCAAACUAGAGAGGGAACGGCCCGCUUCUGCGAUAUAUCAGAACCAACUCUUCUAUAUUACAAAAGAGAAACACUUGCGGUCCUAUGACUUCACCAAAAACGUGGAAUCUCCGCCAAUGUUAUCCCUAAAAAAGCUAGGCAGCCCCUGGGUCCCACCAAGAACUCUCUCCUAUAACCCAGCGGAGCGAGCAAUUUUAGUCAUUUCUCCUACUGAUGGCGGAACAUACGAACUUAUUCAUAUUCCCAGGGAUUCCACGGGUGCUGUGGAGCCAACGGACAUUAAAAGGGGGCAUGGGACAUCCGCUGUAUUCGUAGCGCGGAAUAGAUUUGCAGUGUUCAGCCAGUCUUCUCAGCAAAUCGACAUCAAGGACCUGAACAACUCAACAACAAAGACAAUCAAGCCACCCAAUGGAACCACUGAUAUUUACUUCGGUGGAACGGGUGCCCUUCUUCUCAUCACGCCCACGACUGUUGUUCUUUUUGACAUUCAGCAGAAGAAACAGCUAGCGGAGCUAAGUGUUAGUGGAGUGAAAUACGUUGUAUGGUCUAACGACGGGCUCUAUGCUGCUCUACUGAGCAAACAUAAUGUUACAAUUGUAACAAAAACCUUGGAGCAUGUUAGCACCCUGCAUGAGACCAUCCGCAUCAAGAGUGCCACAUGGGAUGAUGCAGGUGUACUGUUGUACUCCACACUCAACCAUAUCAAGUAUUCCCUUCAGAACGGAAGUGGAUCGCUGACAGAGCCUAGUGACAAUGGUGUUGUUCGCACUCUAGAUUCAACGGUUUACUUAGUGCGCGUCAAAGCAAGAAACGUCUAUUGUCUUGAUAGAACUGCGAAGCCGAUAAUCCUUGAAAUCGACCCUACCGAAUAUCGAUUUAAACUAGCUCUUGUCAAGAGAAAUUACGAUGAAAUGUUACAGAUCAUCAAAACGUCCAGUCUUGUGGGCCAAAGUAUUAUCUCCUACUUGCAAAAGAAGGGAUACCCGGAGAUCGCUCUACAAUUCGUCCAGGAUCCACAAACCCGCUUUGAACUUGCUCUUGAGUGUGGUAAUAUUGACGUAGCUAUAGACAUGGCGAAACAACUCGACCGCCCUAAAUUGUGGAGUCGACUCGGUACGGAAGCCUUAGCCCAUGGAAAUCACCAAACUGUCGAAAUGGCAUACCAGAAACAAAGGCUAUUUGACAAACUGUCUUUCCUUUACUUGGCGACUGGCGAUAAAGAAAAGCUCACUCGCAUGGCGAAAAUCGCAGAGCACCGAGGAGACUUCACAUCACAGUUCCAGAACUCCCUUUAUCUAGGUGACGUGGAAGGCCGGAUACAAAUGUUCAAGGAGAUUGAUCUUCUCCCUCUCGCUUAUAUGACGGCAAAGUCCCACGGCCUAGACGAAGAAGCCGCGUCCAUCCUUGAGUCCUGUGGCCUCACUGAAGAAGAGGUCACUCUGCCAUCGCUCGGCAAACCAUCGAGCGAGCCUCCGCGAGUUAUCGUUCCCACGUUCAAGUCGAACUGGCCGGUUAAAGCUCCGUCCCAUUCCUCAUUUGAGAAAGCUCUUCUGGGGGAGGUUGGCGAGGCUGUUGCUACUCCCACCAAUGGAUACGAGCCAGAGGAAGGUGAAGAGGUUGGGGAAUUUGGUCGUGAUACGUUGGGUGAAGAGCAUGACGAAGAAGAUGCUGCCGGAUGGGACAUGGGUGACGACAUUAAUGUUGAGGAUGUAGAGGACUUUGUCAACAUCGAGAGUGCUACAGGCGGAGCUGGUACCACAGAAGCGGAUAUAUGGGCGCGAAAUUCCCCUCUCGCAGCCGAUCAUGUUGCAGCCGGAUCCUUUGACACUGCGAUGCAGUUACUCAAUCGACAAGUUGGUGUGGUGAACUUCGAACCUCUAAAACCACGAUUCCUUGAAAUUUACAAAGCUACGAAGACGUACCUGCCUGCCACAGUCGGACUACCUCCACUCGUCAACUAUGUUAGACGAACAGUUGAGGAAACGGAUUUCCGACAUGUUCUUCCAGUCAUCCCCAGAGAUCUUGAGUCCGUUGCAAGUAUUGACCUCCAAGAAGGUUACGCUGCGAUGAAAGCCAACAAACUUGAAGAUGGCGUGAAAAUCUUCCAGCGUAUUCUCCACACAGUGCUCAUUAAUGUUGUCUCGUCAGAGAGCGAAGUGGAGGAGGCGAAGAAGAUCAUCACCACCGCCCGGGAGUAUAUCCUCGCGAUGUCAAUUGAACUUGAGCGACGGGCAAUCGGCACAGACACUCCAGAGAACCUGAAACGGAGUCUCGAGCUAUCUGCCUACUUCACCAUUCCGAAACUCCAAGUCGCCCACAGACAAUUCGCUCUCAGAGCAGCGAUGAAACUGGCAUUCUCAAAACAAAACUUCUCAUCCGCCCUUAGCUUUGCCAACAGGAUGAUUUCUAAUGGCGGUGUCGCCAAAUUCAUUGAUGAGGCCCGAAAAGUCAAAGCCCAAUGCGAGCGGAGCCCUCAAGACAAGAUUGAUAUCGAAUUUGAUCAGUUCGCUGAAUUUGACAUCUGCGCUGCUUCCUUCACGCCAAUCUACAGCGGCUCGCCUAGCGUCACAUGUCCGUUCACCGGUGCCAAAUAUCAUGAACAAUACAAGGGGUCUGUAUGUCGUGUUUCGCAAGUAACUGAAAUCGGAGCACCGGCGAGCGGUUUGCGUCUAUUUGUUUCUGGAAAGUCUUAG